AUGUCGCAAUCUCUUCAAGGCAAGGUGGCAAUAGUGACCGGUGGCUCGCGCGGUAUCGGGGCCGGCAUUGUCAAAGAACUUGCCAAACGUGGAGCCACUGUGGCAUUCACGUACCUCUCUUCUGCUAAAGCACAGGCACUGCUUAGUGAGCUUCAAAAGUCGAAUAACAGGGCAAUUGCCAUUCAGGCCGACUGUGCUGAUGCAACGGCCUCGGCGAAAAAGGUCGUGAAAGAGGUAGUAGCUGCAUUCGGCAAAAUUGAUAUCAUCGUCAAUAAUGCCGGCAGUGGAGAACAUCACACCUUGCUCGAUCUGACCGAGAAAGACUUUGAUCAGAUCUUCCAUAUCAAUCUUCUCUUUCCUCUAUUGCUCAUCCAGGAGAGUGUCCCAUACCUCCAGCAGAAGGCCAGAAUUGUGAAUGUUGGGUCGAUUACAGGACGAAUCGCCUAUCCAUCGGCCAUCCUAUAUGCAGCAUCUAAAGCAGGGCUGGACAGCGUGACAAAGUCAUUGGCCGUUAGUUUAGGGCGAAAAUUCGAAGCAACGGUUAACACGAUAAACCCGGGCCCUGUGGCCACUGAGAUGUGGGAGCAAACACCAGGAAAAACUGAAAUCCAAGAAAGGGUGUAUCACCGUACGGCGGCAGGUGAUCGGAUUGCUUCGGUGGAGGACAUUGCCCCCAUUGUUGCUUUUCUGUGUGAGGAACAAUCGCGAUGGGUGACUGGGAAUGUCACUUGUGCUAAUGGUGGGCUGCUUAUGAUUUGA